UUAAUAGGAUUUAUGCUCUGCUCUAGGAUCAAGUACGUAGUUACGUAUCGUGGCCGGCUUUGUUCCUAAACUCUUGUCCUGCUGCCACGUGCGGCAAACCUGGAACUUUCUCGCGAACUACGGUGGAACUUAUGACAAAGGGGUUGCUCCCCUGGUCCUCACGAUAAAAAUAUGUAUAUUAGCCCCGUGCCCUCCGUCCCACCGACCCAUCUUGAAGAUCUGUUAUACUAUUUUGCUGCCACUAUUCAUCGUAAAAGCUUCCCACCGGAAACAACAUCCACCUGAUCUCGCAAGUAUCGCAGACAUACAUAUCAGCCUCGUUGCUGUCCAAGAGUAAUCCAAGAUGCCUGACCUCAUGAUCACCGAGCCUCACCCAACCGUCCCGAAGGACUCGUACACCCACUCGGGACGAGGCGGCGCCGGUAACUACUUCCGGGCUCCUACCACAACGCCAUCGUCCGGCGUAGCGACAAAGCCGACAUCAGUGCAACACACCACAUCGCGCUUCUAUUCCGGACGAGGAGGAGCAGGCAACGCGCACGUCGCAGCAGCAAAGCCUGUUCUGUCGUUCGACGAGGAAUUCACCCACAAAAGCCACAUCGAGCAGAAGCCCGUCGGCUACGUUGGCCGGGGCGGCGCCGGAAAUGUCUAUGGUGCUAGCGGCUCUAGCACCUCCCGCAAGGGCAGCGAUGCUUCCAGCCAGCAUAGCUCAAGCAGCUCAAGCAGCUCAGGUAGCCUGUCCAACAUAUGGAGCCGCAUAAGCCACCGGCGCUAAGAGUCGUAACAGCUCCCGCUAAAUGAACAACAACUAUUAAUUUACCACGAUAUAUAUAUUUCAACACAUCAUCAUCUCUCUGCUUCAUCAUUAUCAUCGUCAUCGUCAUCAUGGGAAAGCAAGGCGCAUCGGAGUUUCGGGCAUCAUCGUACUCAAUCAACUACG